UCUUUGAGAGAUAUUUUAAACAUAUAAAAUCGUAAUUGUGAGUCCUAUAAAAACCGGGAAGAAAUUAUCUAAGAAAGGGAAAAAUGGGGAAGUUGCUUAAGCGAAUGAGAGCGUUGAUGAUCCUCACCGGCUUAUUUUUCAUGCUGUACUUCGGCCUUUAUCCCCUGACGAAAUUUUAUGAGGAAAAACCAGUAGUCGAGAAACCCAGGGAAGUAGUCUUCAUCAACACCUCCGAGUGCCGCAUAAUUGGUCGAAGGAAAUCAGCAAGGUUCUCCACUGCAAUUGAACCCGUCCACAAGUUGCGAUGCCGAAUGCCCCAACUGAUGAUUGCGAAAACGAAAGGAGGCCGUAAUGUCCUGGUUGCCAUAAAUGCUCAAGAGGAUCUGAAGUGCAGAUAUUGGAUACAACCGGAAGAGGAUAUUCGAUUUGAAGAGUAUCCAAUGGAUGGACACUUCGAAUUAAAACUUGGAGUGAACAAAGAAGUUAAAGUCGGAACUGGCGAGCAAAUAGUUCGCAUUAAGUGUUUGAACAAACUGAAUGAAAGCAAGUAUCACGAUGUGCAUUACUUCUUGCCACCGCCUGAUACAAGUUCGAAAACCAGAGGAACUCCUGAAAAACUAUCUGUGAUGGUGAUGGGUAUCGACUCUACUUCCCAGUUGCACUUUCUGCGUUACUUCUACUUCCUGAGGGGCUUUGUGGAAAGCAUGCCGCACACCCAGUUCUUCGGGUACAGUCGAGUGGGAUUGGAUGCCUAUGCCAACGCAAUGCCUCUUCUGAGUGGCUUAAGUGUGAACGAAGUGAACCCGGAACUGCUUUCUUCCAAGGAGGCUCUUCUGUGGCAGAUAUUCAAGGACGCAGGAUACAGCACUGCCUACGGAGAGGAUGUUGCUCAUGGCAUCCUUGAGAGAAACAAGGAGAAGUGGGGCAGCAGACCGUACACCGACUUUGAUCUAACGCCUGUGAUGAUCGCGAUGGAUAACUACACGCGGUACAGCAUCGAUUUGAAGGAGAUGCUCCACUGCACCGGAGGACGCACUUUUAAGAGCAUCCUUGACGAGUUCAUAGCGAAACUAGUGCCUCACAUGCAGGAUAGACCCUUUUUCUCCUUCUUCUGGCAGUCGCAGGGAGUCGAGGAGUACUACGAAUUCGGCCAGAAACUGGAUCUUUCCUACAUGAUGCUCCUGAAGAAGUUGCUAGACGCGGAUGUUCUGAAUAACACUUUGCUCUUCCUGGUUUCCGACCACGGACUACGGGCUGGAAGGUAUCGCAUGGGCUUCCAGGGAUUGAGGGAGGAGUCGCAACCCCUUCUGGUGGCCCUGUACCCCGAGUGGCUCAAGGAGAAGUACCCCUUGGCCUUUGAGAACCUCGAGAAGAACGCCCACAGCCUGAUUACACCCUUCGAUCUGCACGAGACUAUAAAGGAUGUGCUUGAUCUGGACCAGUUGCAGAAUGCCAGCAUUGAAGUCAGGAUGAACAGUCUGCUGCCUUAUCCCGCAAAAAGGACUCCCCGGGGAGUGAGUCUCUUCCUUCCGAUUCCCGAUCACAGGACCUGCGACCUGGCUCACAUUCCCUCGCUCUUUUGCUUCUGCCGCGAGCUCACCGAAAUUCCCACGGACGACGGGUUGGUCCUGCGGUGCAGUCGCUUCCUGGUGGAGUCCAUCAACAAGAUGGUGAAGCCACUCGGAAAGUGCAGGCAACUGAAGCUGCACAGGGUCCUUCAGGCCUACUUCGUGGACCUCGGCGAGGAGUCCUUCGUCUACGAGCUGCGGCUGAGGAUCCGAACCACUCCCGGCAACGGAAUGUUUGAGGCCACCGUCCGUCUGUCGGACGUUCUACUGUUGACCAGCCCCAUCAGCCGGAUCAACCAAUACCUGGGCCACUCCCACUGCCUCAGCGAUCCGGACCUUAAACUAUUUUGCAUUUGCAUUUAAGCUGUUUUGCUAUGCAUUCAAUACGAAAUAUAUUCACUCGCUGCAUCCUAA